AUGCGAGAGGGAGAGACUUUUAAAACUUAUUCAGAUAGAUACUGGGAGAUUUUUAAUGAGAUAGAGGGAGAGCAUGAUGAUGUGGCUAUAAGUACUUUCAAGGUUGGUCUUCCAGUCGAGCAUGAUUUGAGGAAAUCUUUAACUGGUAAACCUGUCACUAGUGUACAUCAAUUGAUGGAUCGGAUUGACAAGUACAGAAGAGUAGAAGAAGACCAACUGCAGGGAAAAGGAAAGGCUAAGGUAAUCUCUCAGGAGAUGAGGGAUUUCAGGUCGGACCAAUACAACAAUAACCGGCCUCGGAAAGAUUUUGUUGGGCAGUCAGGUUCUGCCAACACCCAGGCAAUUAAUGCUGUGUUUCGGGAGCCGGUGCAACAGGUGCUGGAGAAGAUUAAGAAUGAACCAUUUUUUAAAUGGCCUAACAAGAUGGUAGGAGAGCCUACGAGACGCAACUAG